CUCCAAAUUGUGUUCUGCUCAGAAGCUUUUUUUGCAUCUUCAAACCCAUUACUCUCAUUCUAAUCCAUCUGUGUCCUAUAACCAAGAACAAAAUAAUGACGAGUCUGACCCAGGGCAAUAUCGGGACACCAGCGCCCCAGACUUCACGACAAUCACUGGUUGAUGCAUGCCAAAACCCGGACGAAUACCCAACCAACCUGCCUGGAGCCUCCAUGUCCAAGCGCACCCUGAAGGAAUACCAAAACCUGCUUGAAAGCCGUGGCAAGACUCUAUUUGCACAAAACGGGGCAUCAACAGGAAAUUCAUCUUCCUCAUGGACUCUUUUACAGGAACAAGAUGAUCAAGCUGACUUCAGCUCAGGUUAUACCAAGAGUCGAUGCAGCCAGCUGGAGGAGCUAGAGUUCCAACUUUACGAGCAAAAGAAGCAGGAUCCACGAUGUCGUCUUAUUUUCAUCCAGUCGGGUAUAUCUAAUCGACCACUUGGUGGCUCGCGAGAGAUGAUGAGUUACCUCCUAUCGUACCACCAAGUUUCGCCCAGGUUUCUAGAUCUUCUAUUUCUUUUCUGCGGCGGACGACAUCUCCCACCCAACGACAACAACUUCAUUCAUAGUGCGCACUUCUAUCAAGACAAUGUGAUAAACGAACUUUGUCAUCCAACGAGAUUUGCCAUUCCAGCUCUUGGCCGGUCGGGUAGGCUGCUCCGCUUGUGCUACAACUUGUGGGCUGCCGAGAAGAACGAGGCCGAUAGGGGCCAACCGGGGUGGUUCUUCCGGCAAACGGCCAUGUAUCACUCACUGGAUGUCGAGACAGCCAAAACAUUUUGGAUCAACAUCAAGGCCAACGGUUUGAUGCGGCGCAGGAUGCAACAAAUCACCGAGGAAGAAGCAAGGCCCCCGAGUAAAUCACCCAAGAACGAACUGGUAUCAAAAGCGCUACUCAACUCGCUAGAUCUGCACAUGGCUGCGGUUGAAUGGAGCACAGAAUGUUGGCCAGGCUUCAUCCGGGACAUUGAGGACGAACUAAGCACCAUAAUGGUCGCCCUCGCAAAUGUGCCAGUGGGCAAGUUGGAAGAAGCACUCCGGGUCAACACUACGGACUUGUUGAGGCAAAUCGCCCCGCCGGUAACCCAGCAGGAUGAUAUUACCAACCCUUUGAUGAAGGUUGCAUUCAAAAGCGACAUGACUGAAUCAACUUGUAUGCCGGGUCAGGGUCUACCAAGCCAAGAUUGUCGCGGUAUCCCACUUAAUCGUCUACAGGCAACAGUACAAAAUGUUACUGGGGCCGCCUCUGAACCCCGCACAAGCAAGGUCCCGGUCAUAGUAGAUCCCUUCUUACUUCUGGAGGAUUUCAGAUUUGAACAGCUACAACGGUUGACCAGGAUGGGCGCCAGACUGAGACAGACAAGCCUCAUCAUGGAGAUGAACCUCAACGUCAUGUUGGAGCUUGCCGAGUUUUACAUGCUGCUGCAGCAAGCGUACGAGCUUCCACUGGGGUUGAGAGUUAAGAUCAAGAGUGGAGUGCUUGUAUUUCAGCAACGAGUCGAGUGCUGCAUCAAGAUGAUGAAGCUGCAAAAGUCUCGCGUCGAAAUGCUGCUGGGGACUGUGGCUAGCGGGAAGAUUCUGUGCGAGUCCAUCAUGCAGCUCAGAAAUACGAGCAUCAGUCAAUUAUUCCUCAUCGCAGCGCACCAGACAGCAGCCGACAUGCGCAAGAUUGCAGAUAAGACCGAGCGCCAAACGGCAUCGAUGCACAUAAUAACACUUGUAACCUUGAUAUUUCUGCCUGGAACAUUUGUGGCUACUUUCUUAGGCAGUGGUCUCUUUCAAUGGGACGAUAACGACCCAGAACUGAGAUUUCCACGUUGGAAGCCCGAGUACUUCAACCUGUUUGCCGGGAUAUGUUUCCCGCUGAUGUUUCUGACCAUACUUGGCUGGCUCAUUGCCUACAUCUUUGGAACAAAUAAUCGCAGGAGCGCGAACGCCAUGUGGCGAAAAAAGGAGGCACUAAGGACUUGGGGUUCGGUGAAGGAGGCUAUGGUUGGGUUCUGGGCCUGGGGGAAAAAAUGGCUCACACAGCGAACGGAGGAAGACAGAAUUCCUCCCUAGGUCAUGCCAUACCGCUUGUACUGUACUCGGUACAGUACCUUUACAUACGGCGGCGACGGGUAGAGCUUUUGGGGUGUGUGGCUUGGGAGAAAGACCAUGAUUGAAACUUGACAUAAACAAACCAAACAAGUACGGAUACCUUGGCAGCCGCACGCCCUUCUUUAGCAGACAGCAGGUUCUAUGCUUGAAAAACAC